AUGCCUGCGAGGCCGAUGCUGGCGGCGCACGCCGCCACCGGCGAGUCGCGCUACCUGGACCGGGCGCUGGCGCUUGGCGACGUCCGAUCGCGCAGCGCCAGGCGGUCGCUGGCCGGCGGCCUCGUCUGGGAGCACUACGACACCGACUGGACGCCCGACUGGGACUACAACCGCGACGACAAGACCAACAUCUUCCGGCCCUGGGGCUUCCAGACCGGCCACCUCACCGAGUGGGCCAAGCUGCUCCUGAUGCUGGAGCGGCGGCUGGGCGCGGCAGCCCCCGCCUGGCUGCUGCCCACGGCCCGGCACUUUUUCGACACCGCGGUGCGCGAGGGCUGGGACGCUGCCCACGGUGGCCUCGUCUAUGGCUUUGCCCCGGAACACGAAGGUGGCGGCGUGUGCGACGCCGACAAGUACUUCUGGGUGCAGGCCGAGAGCCUCGCCGCCGCCGCGUGGCUGGCCGUGCGCACCGGCGACGACACCUACUGGCAGUGGUACGACCGGCUCUGGGCCUACGCCUGGGCGCAUUUCGUCGACCACCGCCAUGGCGCCUGGUACCGCAUCCUCGGCCCGGCCAACGACAAGCUCACCGACGAAAAGAGCCCCGCCGGCAAGACCGACUACCACACGAUGGGCGCCUGCCAGGACGUGCUCGCCGCCCUUGGCGUCACGCCGCCGGCCAAGGAGACCGCAUGA